GUUUUGCCUAAACAGUCUGAAAACUGGUAACCAGAAACUGAACGUGGUCGCGAACGUGGUUCGACCUGUACCUGUACCUGCACCUGAACCUGAACCUGCAUAAACAAACGCAAUUGGAUAAGCGAUGGGCAACAAAGUUGUGACAUUCACCGAACAGCAAUUGGAUGACUAUCAGGAUUGUACGUUCUUCACACGUAAGGAGAUACUGCGUGUGCAUAAACGGUUUCGUGAGCUGCGACCGGAUUUGGUGCCACGCCAAAUGACCGAGGGUCAGACGUCGAGUGUCAAGGUGCCACGCGAAUGCAUUGAGAAGAUGCCCGAGUUGCGUGAGAAUCCAUUUCGGCGACGUAUCUGCGAGGCUUUCUCACGCGAUGGCCUGGGUAAUUUAUCCUUCGAGGACUUCUUGGAUGCUCUCUCUGUGUUUAGCGAACAGGCGCCCAGAGAUAUUAAAGUCUUCUACGCCUUUAAAAUUUAUGAUUUCGAUCAAGACGGCUUCAUUGGGCACGCUGACCUCAUGUCCUGCCUGACGACAAUGACCAAAAACGAGCUGAGUCCCGAGGAGCAUCAACAGAUUGCUGACAAGGUAAUCGAGGAAGCUGACGUCGAUGGCGAUGGCAAGCUAUCAAUUCUGGAGUUCGAGCAUGUCAUACUCCGUGCCCCCGACUUUCUCUCCACAUUCCACAUAAGAAUAUAAACCAGCGAAGGCACUGAGGCAAAAAUUUAGGAUUUCAGCAUUCCUAAUUAUUCCAUUUCGUUGUCAGCAAAUAAUAAUAAUAUUCCCUUACAA